GGUAGCAUCUUAACCUUAUACGUUGUUAAGCAUAAGUGCAACAACUGUUGGGUAGAGACAACGCAGAGACGCAGACGGUCUUCCAUGCUAUAAUCGUAGAUAUUAAAGCAUUUCACAAACUUAUUAGGUAUAAUGGUAUGAGGCCGUCUGCCUAGUUAGUGCACUACGUAGCGUCAAGGCGCGACUGGACAUGGACACUGGGCGUUUGCACUGCUUCCUAGUCGCCACUAGGGCAGGCGACGUGAUCUAUGAACGGUUCUUCGACCGAUUCACGGAGCUCGAGAAGGCCGAGAUCCGAGCAGCAUUUAGCGCGGCGUCAAGCAAUGUGCGAAUAAACCUAGAGGAGCAAGACUUCAUUGCUCCGUACAAGCUGGCGCGGUUCGCCUUCAUCCCGGUAACCGACACGGUGUUCUACUUGAUGGGAUCCGGCGAGUACGAUGAAGUAGGACUGGUGGAGGUGCUGCGUGUGAUUAUCCAGGUACUCAAAGACAUCCUGGGGAAAGCACCCUCCUCGGGGCUGCUGCUGGAGAAGUACGCUAAGCUGGCGCUGGUAGUGGAUGAGGUAAUAAACGAGGGUUUGCUCGAGGCGGUCGACAAGGAGGCCAUUAAGAAGGGCCUUAAGGGCAAGGCGGCAUGGGAAUGAGCUCUGAUGGCAGCUCAGCAGUCUUGCACGAAUGCUGGCAGGCUACCCGGAC